AUGCACUCUUCACCUCCUGACACCUCAGGUUAUUCUUUUUCCCACCAUAAAAAGGUAAAGUUCCAACACACGGCAAAAAGAAAACUACAUACAACAGCGUGGUCUCGACUCGCUCGUGUGCCUUUUGCUUCAUCUUUGAUACCCCAAUUACGCGUUGCUUUAUUGUUUUUUCCUUACAUUAAACAUUAUAUGCCAGUGAGUCGCUCUUGAACAUUCAUUGAUUGCUGAUCACACCAAGCCCGUGCAGGUGCCAGCUGCCGGGGCAAGGUGCUUCACAGUGAUACACAGUGUAGUUCACGACGACGAUCAUCCUUUGUUUCCCAUUCAUCGCCUUCCAUCGCCUUCGACCAUCGAUAUACCAGUGUUCGCUCGCCCUUCGGUCUCACUCGGUUUGUCGACAUCCAGUGUUCACCUCGAUCGAUCUU